AUGAGUUUCGCGUACCGUAACAGUUUCCUGUUACACUACAUCGUUUUAUGCACUACGCUCAUUCAAGGGCCCGUUGCGACAGCAGGUGCAAAGGGACCCCAUCAUCCUGGGGGUGAAUUUAGUCGAAGAUCAGAAAAACUUCACUUGGAUGACCAUUUGCAACCUGAACGAGAACAUCUGGAAGAUGACUUGAAACGUUUACCGAUCGGUGAGCAAAGUCUGACGGAAAUGUCCGAGGACGAGAAAAACUUUUACUACUUCAAGCUACACGAUUCGGACAACAAUGAUAAUCUCGAUGGGUUAGAAAUGUUACACGCGGCCACUCAUCACCAUAGCAAGGCCGAAGGGCAGCUGCACGGUAUAGAUUCAAAUUCGAAGCACACGCCAGACGACCGAUCACCCUUUCUGGAAGAUGAAGAAUUUAACCAUAUCAUUGAGGUUAUCGAUGAUUUCAUCGAGUUUGCCGAUACCGAUAAGAACGGACUCCUUAACUACCCUGAGUAUAUCAACGCAAUCAAUCUGAACGAUCCCAAAAACACACACACGACGGUGGACACGCCACAGGAACCUAAUUUAAACCAACAAGCAGCCAACUCGGAUGUUCCUACCGAAAUAUUUAAUACGAACGAAACUGAUGCUGAAUAA